UUGUAUUCGUUUUCAGCCUUUAUCACAAUUGGAAAUCUGUACUAAAGUAGCAAAUAAUGUCUAAGAAAGUCAAUGUACAAUUUGCUGGCAAACCGUUUAAAUCUGACCCAGCCCACAAGCAUGUUGCAAUUUUAGGACAAGUUUCAAACCUCAAACGGGCGAGCUGGAAUGACGUGCGUAAUCAUUUAGAACCAAAGGUAUCUGAGAGUGUAUGGAAAGGGGCAGUUGCUUCACUCAAUCCAGCUCCGACAGAUACCUGUGCAUUAUGGAUGAAUGGUGCUAGUGUGGGGGCUUUUUCUGAGAAAUCAAGUCGGCAUAACAUGCCAUCAGGUGCUUAUCAUAUUCCUAAGCUCUUGCGAAGUUGCCUACUUGGUAAAGGCGACAAAGUGCUUGUAGUUGUCUGCAAAGAAGAAGAGAUGUUUCCUUGUGGUUGUGCUAUCGCAAGAUCAUUUUCGUUGUUUUCGAUGCGUACAGACUCCGGCGGUGCUACAAAACCAGCUCGCAACAUAACUGUAGAGUUUGUUGUAGUUGGUGAAAGCACUUGUAACAUGGUUGAUGUUGCAGCUUGUUUGCAGGAUACUGCUGAUUCUAUUCAAAUGGCUGCAAGAAUUGUUGACACUCCAUGCAACAUCAUGAACACUACUCAGUUUGUCAAAGAGGCGGAAGAAGUUGGUCUGGAGCUUGGGAUCAAACCAACGAUCAUCAGUGGUGAAGAGCUAAAUGAAAGAGGAUUUGGAGGAAUUUACGGAGUGGGAAAAGCUGCUGUUCAUCCUCCUGCAUUGGUUGUAUUGAGUCACUGCCCACCAGAUGCUACCAAAACUAUUGCAUGGUGUGGAAAAGGUAUUGUUUAUGACACAGGUGGUUUGAGCAUCAAGGGCAAAACCACAAUGCCUGGAAUGAAGAGAGAUUGUGGAGGAGCAGCUGCUAUUUUGGCUAGUUUUCGAUCAGCAGUAAAACGAGGCUUUAAGCAAAAUCUUCACGCUGUUUUGUGUCUUGCAGAAAAUGCAGUUGGGCCAGUUGCUACCAGACCAGAUGAUAUUCAUAUUUUGUAUUCGGGUAGAUCUGUUGAAAUCAAUAACACUGAUGCAGAAGGCAGACUUGUACUUGGAGAUGGUGUGGCAUAUGCAUCUAAAGACCUAAAAGCUGACAUAAUUCUUGAUAUGGCAACAUUAACUGGUGCACAGGGGGUGUCAACAGGAAAAUACCAUGCAGCAGUUCUUACUAAUGAUGAAAUUUGGGAAGCAGCAUCAGUAGCAGCUGGUAAAGCAUCUGGGGAUCUCGCAUUUCCACUUGUAUAUUGCCCUGAACUGCAUUUUCCUGAGUUUAAUUCAGCAGUGGCGGACAUGAAAAAUUCUGUGGCUGACCGUUCGAAUGCCCAGUCCUCUUGUGCUGGGUUGUUCAUCGGAAGUCAUUUGAUGGGAGCUUUUAAUUUUUCAGGAACAUGGGUGCAUGUUGACAUGGCAUCACCUGUGCAUAGUGGAGAGCGUGCAACUGGAUAUGGAGUUGCACUUCUAAUGGUGCUAUUUGGAGAACUGUCAUCUGAUAAAUUCUUGCAAUUGUUAGCACCUUCUGCUGCGUUGUUUGAGAGUGCUAAUUGUGACGGGGUGCAUGGAUGUGAGGGAAACAGUGUUGCUAAACGACCAAGAAAUGCAUAAAGCAUUAUUGAACAAUAAUUAAGCACCUAUUUAGGUGUGUCAGUUUUCAAACUAAAUUUGCUUCUGCCUUCAAUGUAAUUAGUUUCCUAUUGCUGGUUAAAUUAUAAUCAUAAAUAUUAAUCAAGAUUUAAGCCAUGUGUGUGUUUUAACCAUACAGCAUUAACAGUGAAACAAUGUAACAAUCGGUUAAUUCAGUCAUACAGAAUGUGUAUUAUUGCUGAAAUAGCUAUUUAAGUUAUUCACAAACAGCAAAUUCCAGUUAGCAUACAUAUUGUGUGUGUAACUGGUUGUGCUAUGAAGUCUCUUGUGCAUGACUUUACUUAUCUUCAAAAAUGAGUGUGUUAAUGGUUUGUACAAAUUAACUCAAACCAAAAGGAGUUUUGCUCCAUGGUUGUAAUCUGUAAAAAUACUUUACAAGUGUAGUUCGCUUUGAAAAAAUGUUUUAGGCAUUUUUCAACUGUUGCCCAUGGGCUUUGACUAAAUUGCAUUUUUUUUCAAUGUAAAUAUUCAAGAGUAAAAAUGCAUUCAGUUAUUAUUCUUACCAGGAAGUUUCUUAUCAUUGGAGUUCUUUGCACUAAUAGAGAAUUUAUUUAGCGUAAAAAAGAAUUUUUAAAACAUAUAAAAUUAUUUAUGGAAUUUUAAAUAUGGGGCUAAAACAAAUUUUUGUUUCUUAUUGUUUUAAUGCGUGUUCAAAACAACUGCUAGUAUAAAUGAUGUUUAAAUUGUUUUUUUUAAAUCUGUGUGCAGUGAAAAUGUCAUGUUUCCCGUAGUAAAUGCUGUAUGAAUUUAUUAUAAGCUCGAUGCAACUAAUUUUUCAUGAUCUGUUUGAAGCA